GUUUUCUUUCACAGAUUCGUAUUGGGCGAACAAGCGACAGCGUAGACUCAGACGAGGAAGAGAGAAAGGAUCUCGUUAUUUUUCAAGCAGGCAAAAAUGGCAGGCAGAGGGAAAUCUGUAGAGGGGAAGAAGGCAGUUUCAAGGAGUUCUAAGGCUGGUCUUCAGUUUCCUGUUGGGCGUAUCGCCAGGUUUCUCAAGGCAGGGAAAUAUGCUGAGCGUGUAGGUGCGGGCGCUCCUGUUUAUCUUGCAGCCGUUCUCGAAUAUCUUGCUGCUGAGGUUCUUGAGCUGGCUGGUAACGCUGCAAGGGACAACAAGAAGACCAGGAUUGUGCCUCGCCAUAUUCAGUUGGCUGUGAGGAAUGAUGAGGAGCUUAGCAAGCUCCUUGGAGCUGUUACCAUUGCUAAUGGCGGCGUUCUCCCCAAUAUUCACAAUAUUCUCUUGCCUAAGAAGACCGGUAGCGGCAAGGCUGGAGCCAGUGAGGCCGAGGCUUGAGGAAUUAUAAUCUGACCCCCCUUCUUUGGUGUUUAUGAACACCACCUUAAUUAAGAAAUCUUGUCAAUGUUUCGGAAGUUUUAUUUUUGUACAGAUGUUAUAAGGGUUUCUAACCGGUUAGAUGUUAGAAGAAAUUGAUGUAAAUUCUUUGCUAUGGAUUUUGUUAUUUCAAUAUAAUAUAUUAAUGCCCUAGGGGUUUCAUUUUUCAGUAA